AAAGAUGGCGGCAGGUGCCUGUCAAUUACUUUAUAAAUAAUAUUGCUCUCUCGCCAUCACUCAAACACAAUGCUUGUUAACGCAAUAGAGCAUUCAGAUGUGGAACUGACUAAAGAACACAUCAUGGAAAUUGGUGAUUUGCUAGAGAGCAAUCAGCUCAGAGUAAUUUCCUUGAGAAAUUGUAAGAUAUCAGAUGUGAACUUUAAACGAUUAAUGAAAAGUAGCGGCCGCAGUAAAUCUUUGCUACAGAUGUCCCUCAGUGUUGGAGUCAUCUCCGACCAGCAAAGAAUAGAACUACUUGCACAGGCUUUGAGGAAGAACAAGCUGCUGAAAUCGUUACAUAUCCAUGGUAACCCUAUUGGUGAUGAAGGACUGAAGGUGAUAGCAGAGGCGCUCUCAUACAACUCCCAUGUAACAACCCUGGAUGUUGGUGACUGUGACUUGGGAGAUGCUGCUAUACAACAUCUAAGGCUUUUGCUGAUGCCAACAGCAGAGCAAGAAGGUUUGUCUGAACUGGGCCUGAGUGCCAACACAAGGAUCAGUGAAGCAGGAUGGGCAAGUCUUGCCAUGACAGUUGCCCACUCUCCAAACCUGAGGCGUAUCUUCCUCGACUACAACAAUUUGGGGAAUAUUGGGGCCAGCAGCCUGGUGGUGGGAGUUGCAGCCAACCAGCAGAUAGAGGUCCUCGAUCUCGAGGGCACCGGAGUCACAGAGGAGACAGCACAGCUUCUGUUGGAUCUAAUGCAAAACUACCCUGGUAAAUUACGAAAAAUAACCCUUAGUGAAAAUAAGGUGAAGAAGAGCACUGUUGCAGCCAUCAAAUCAAUCCUGCGUAUUAAUGUUCCGGAUGGUGCCAGUACUGAUGCCAGUGAGGACGACUUCCUGUCUACCACUGCCAGUGUGAGCUCCUCACAGGGGCCCAUUUCCUGUACCAGUGAUGCGAUGAGUGAGACCAGCACCUCUGCAACUGAAGUAACAGACACUGAGGACAGUGUACGAAGUGAGACAAGUACUGUGAAGGAUCUGGUGUUGACGGAUAUCGAAGAUCCAAUUGAGAAAACACAGGCGGAGAAAGUUGAUGCUUCUAAGAAGAAGAAGAAGAAGAAAGUGAAAGAUGAAGAAGACGAAGAUCUUGGGGAGGAGCUGAAGGAGGUGCCAGUAUUUUGGUGAUUUUCCUUUCAGGAUUUGGUGCAGUUUGGUAGCUUAGUGGUUAAAACGGGGUUGAUUCCCCACAUGGGUACAAUGUGUGCAGCCCAUUUCUGGUGUUUCCCACCAUGAAGCUGCUUGAAUGUUGCUAAAAACAUUGUAAAAGCCAGCUAACUCACUCACUUACCUGGAUUCUGCCAGCUUUUGAACUUACUUCUGCUGAUACAUAUUUUAUCAGUGUCACGAAGCAAGCAUUUUCAUGCAAAACAUUUAUCUCAGAAUUAACACGACAUAUUUUCUGGAAGUGUCUAAUCACUUUAUGAAAUUGUACAUGUUUCUAUGCUACACAUGCUGUGUAAUAUGUCUAAGGAGGCACAAUGUCAAGCAGUGCUGAAUAUUGUCAACACAGAGAUGGUGUUGCUGUGGCUCUGUAACAGGAUUAUGGUGUGUUGAUCCUCAUAUUUAUAACACAUCAGGUCUUAUGUCACGUAAGCAUGUAAUUCUUCCAUGGUUGUGUAUGCAUAAAUAUGUACAUUUAACAUUGAAUUUGAAUCAAAUCAGUUAGAGAGUUGUCAAAUUAUGAUACAAUGCCUCUGAUUCAGAUGACCAAUGUGGUGACCUUUUUGCUUCCAGCUGUACUCCCUUGACAUAUACAUAGAGAAAUAAACAUGAUAAAGGAACACAGGAAAAUUCAAGCGUUCCUUUAUUAAUUUCCAGUUUUCAUCACCACAGCGCUAUUCAAAGCUGGUGAUGAAAACAUUAAAGGAACACUUGAAUUUUCCGGUGUUCCUUUAUUUGUUUCUCUACGUAUAUUUAAGAGCAACCUCAACACCUGUAUCUUUAAGACUUUCUGUAACUUGGGAGCACCCCUGAAAAAAGCUGCCAAUGACUUUUUGCUGUGACAUUUUGUUUGUAGCGCCAUGAGCAAGCACUCUAUGCCUGGAGUUUGGUGCAGUAUAAGUGCACAUAUUAUUAUUCAUUCUACAACUCGUCUCACAAUUUUGCCUUGAGGCCAAGUGUCAGAGUAGGCUACAUAGCUUUAAAUACCUACCUUUUUUCUAACAUUCUGUGAGAAUGUUUCCUAAAUGUAGGAAGGCUGACAAAUAUGUCUAAUAUAUUACAAAUCUUGUAAAAGGUUUAUCAUGUUUGUAAAUUUAUAACAACAAAAGGUGUUCUGUAUUUCUUUCACAUCUAUGCUUUGGUACCACUUUUGCAGUUCUAUGAAUUGAGAGCAAGAAUGAAUUUAAUUAGAUCUGAACCAGAUAAUAUCUGAACAAUCACCUCACUGCCAUGUUGUCUUCAUGUAAGAUUGUGUUCAGUCAAAAACAGGCCGAUACUUCCAGCAUUCACAGUAUAUAUUUUUUACAGGUUUUUGGCCAAUUAUCAGAGGCUAUUUUACAUGUUGACUUGCACAGUUGUUGCCUUAAUGUUGUGAGAUGUUUGAACCACCAUAACAGCAGCACAGUACUUACCCAGCCAUGUUCCAUGGGAGUUGUUAUUAUUCAACAAUUCUUGUGAAAUGAUCACUCUGUAGAACAGGGUCCUUACAAUAUACACUGAUAUUUACACUUCAUAUGAUGGUGGUUGUUCUGUUAUUUAAUUGAGGAGCAUGGUUGUUACCGUCACAUCACAGAGGAUUAUACACUAUGCAACAGCUAAAUAUCAAAUAUGGCUCUUCUCCCACACAAGACAGAUGUUAUUAGAAUGUCUGAAUAACAUGUAGUAUUUGUUCAUGUUUACUAACUUUAGUUGUGCCAAAUUAUUGUUAUUUCUUACGUUUUUGUUUAAAUACAAUGUCUUUGUAUAUCUAUGUUGAUAUAUCAGGGACAGAAUAAUUCUGUUCAUACAUCUUCUCAAAGUACUUUGUAAUCUUUCUGCAGAUAAAACUGUGUCCAUAUUGAUGUUUAUCCAGACUUGUUUUGGAGACUUUUAUCUUUAAUCUACCAACAAACUGUACAUCUCUGUUAUCAAUGUUCCUUACCAUAUGUACAAAUAUUCCUCUCCCAGGUCUAGAAGUGAUCAUUAAUAUUUCAUCAUCUGAUUUACAUCAAGAAUUCACUUACUAUGAUUCUUUCGUCAUUAUGAGACCUUCUUAAAAAUUCAAUGGUUCCACUGAAUCCUAAAAAUUAAAAAGGGACAAAAAUGUUAUAAACUGUAUUGAUUGUAGUUAAAUUAGCAAAUUCUUGAACUAUUUGUGUACUUUAUGUACUUUAGUUAUAAGAUUUUUAGUUUCCUUUCUUUCACAGAUGGAAUAAAUACUCAUGUUACA